AUAACUCAAAAAUUCUCAUUAUCCAAAAUCUUUCUCAUCAUCAGCUACUCCAUAACCAUGGCUUCCAAGUUUUCUGCCAUUCCCCUUCUUCUCAUACUCUUCUUCUCCCUCUCCCAUGCACGCUUCUCACCCAUCUUCACUUCUCCAGAAACUCUUUGCAAUUCCACGCCUCACCCUUCCUUCUGCAAAUCCUCUUUACCAUACAACAAUCCUGGAACCAUCCAUGAUUAUGCCAAGGUUUCCAUUUCUCAGUCAUUGACAAAUGCAAGAAACUUUCUUUCACUCGUUCAAUACUACUUGACACUUCCCUCUACUUCCUAUGAGUCCACCAUUCGAGCUCUUGAAGAUUGCCAGUUCCUAGCUCAGCUGAACAUAGACUCAUUAUCUUAUGCAUUUGAAACUAUUGAUAAUUCUUAUGAUCUUCCAGGGUCACAUAGUGAUGAUUUAUUAACCUUGCUUAGUGCCACUUUAACGAACGUGGAAACUUGCCUGGAUGGCCUUCAAUCCACCGCAUCAGCUUCAAGUAUCUUAAAGGCCUUCUCUGCACCUCUUUCUAAUGGCACUCAGUGUUACAGUGUCUCCCUCUCUCUUUUUCGCGGUGGUUGGGUUCCUAAGACAGCAGAAGGUAGAUUGUUAACAGAAAGAAAGAGCAUAAACUUCCCCAACUUUGAAAAGGGUGCCAGAAAGUUCUUGCCUUUACAGUCUACAAAUGGAAGAAAACUCCUUGAAAGAUUUACAGAUGGUGUUUCAGUGAGCAAAAUGGUGGUGGUGAAUCCGUAUGGAAAUGGAGAUUUUGCUACUAUAACCGACGCUGUGAAUUCUGCGCCUAAUAACACAGGUAGCGGCGACGGAUAUUUUGUCAUUUACGUAGUUGCUGGGGUUUAUAACGAGUAUGUUUCUAUUCCAAAGAACAAGAAAUAUUUGAUGAUGAUCGGAGACGGCAUUAACCAGACUAUCAUCACCGGCAACAGGAGUGUCGUUGAUGGCUGGACUACAUUCAAUUCUUCAACAUUUGCUGUCGUCGGGAAAGGAUUUGUUGCAGUGAACAUAACAUUUCAGAACACAGCAGGAGCUAUUAAGCAUCAAGCAGUAGCAGUUAGAAAUGGAGCUGAUUUAUCUGCAUUCUACAACUGCAGCUUUGAAGGGUAUCAAGACACCUUAUAUACUCAUUCUCUCAGGCAAUUCUACAGGGACUGCGAGAUAUACGGCACCAUAGAUUACAUAUUCGGCAACGCCGCAGUCGUCUUCCAGAACUGCAAGAUUUAUUCGAGACUUCCCUUAAGUGGCCAGUUCAAUACAGUGACUGCACAAGGCAGAACCGAUCCUAACCAAAACACAGGCACUUCAAUACAAAAUUGCUCUAUAUUAGCAGCUGAGGACUUGGCCUCAAGCAAUGGCACUACAAAAUCUUACCUGGGGAGGCCAUGGAAGGAGUAUUCAAGAACAGUUGUGAUGCAAUCUUUCAUUGAUAGCUUGAUUGAUCCUUCUGGUUGGGCUCCAUGGUCUGGAGAUUUUGCACUUGAUACACUUUAUUAUGCAGAAUUUGAUAAUACUGGUCCAGGAUCAAAAACUACUGAAAGAGUUACGUGGCCUGGUUAUCAUUUGAUCAAUGCCACCGACGCGGCUAACUUCACCGUUUCCAACUUCACACAAGGAGAUGUCUGGUUGCCGGCGACCGGAGUGCCCUAUUUUGAUGGUUUGCUGUGAAUUAAAUUUUCUA